CGGAUCUGUGUGUACAGAUCAAUUUAGAAAACAGUAGGGGCUAUUGUGAUUUGGCCUAUUAGUCAUUAAUCUCUUACGUUUAUUUACACAUUUCUGAUCGUUUUACCGUUUAAAGUUUAUAAUUUUGUUUCGCCCGGAGAGUUGAGUGAAAAACUUAAUACAUUGUUAUAUAGUACAUUGAUUUAGAGUGAUUUGCGAACGAGAAGAUUUUUAUUGAUUAUUAUUUUAUUUUAAAAUUAUGUGGAAGUCAUCUGUAGGUGUUAAUGUGGACAUACCGGUUGAAAACACCGAUGAUGAUUGGGAGACUGAUCCAGAUUUUGUAAAUGACGUGAGCGAGGAAGAACAACGAUGGGGUUCUCGUACAGUUCCUGGUUCUGGUCGUGUUUUAGAUCAUGUCGAUAUGAGCCAACUGCGAGAAGAAGUUACCAAAGCUCACGAGGUUCAAAAAAAAAAAGAAAUGGAAGAGGGGCCUAAAGCGGCUUUUGGCUAUGGUGGAAAAUUUGGUGUACAAUCUGACAGAAUGGAUAAAUCAGCUGUUGGACAUGACUAUGUUGCACCUAAAUUUAAACACGCUUCACAGACUGAUUACAGUACUGGUUUUGGUGGUAAAUAUGGUGUUCAAUCAGAUAGAAUUGACAAGAGUGCUGUAAGUUGGAAUCAUAAAGAAAAAAUUGAAAAACAUACAUCUCAGAAAGAUUACAGUUCUGGAUUUGGUGGAAAGUUUGGUGUUGAAGCUGAUCGUCAAGAUAAAAGUGCUGUUGGUUGGGACUAUGUUGAAAAAUUACAAAAACAUGAAUCUCAAAAAGAUUAUGCUGUUGGAUUUGGUGGAAAAUUUGGUGUACAGUCAGAUCGCCAAGAUAAGUCUGCUGUUGGAUGGGAUAGUGUAGAAACUGUUGAAAAACAUCAAAGUCAAGUAGAUCACAGUAAAGGUUUUGGAGGGAAGUUUGGCGUGGAAAAUGAUAGAAUUGAUAAAUCUGCUCAUAGUUAUACUGAAUGUUCUGGUCAAGUUGGGACAAAUUAUCAAAAAGAAAAACCAGAAAUAACAAGUAUUAAACCAUCAAGUCUUAGAGCAAAAUUUGAAAAUAUGGCAAAGCAAGAAGAAGAAGAAAAUGAAAAACGACGUUUAGCAGAACAAGAGAGAAGAAAACAAAGAGAAUUACUAGAAAAAAAAGAAUCUCGCGAAAGAGAAGAAAAACGUUUAAAAGAAUUACAAGAUAAAGAAGAACAGAAACAAAGGCUUUUAGAUGGGCCUGAAAAAGUUAAAAUAAAUAUUCCAAUUGCCAAAAUUGAUUAUGAUGAUGAAGAACCACCAAUAGCUAGUGAGUCUAUUCUUCCACCAGUUGUUGUUGGUGCAACUAUUCAACCAUGUAUAAAGAAUGAUGAGGAAGUAUUAAGAAGAAUUGAAGCAGAAGAAGAAGAUCGUAAACGAAAAGAUGUACAAACUAGAAUUGAAAGAGAAAAUAUUUUACAAAAAAAGAAGGAAGAAGAGGAAAGAAGAUAUGAAGAAUUAAAAAGAGAAAAUGAACAAUUAAAAUUAGAAAAUUUGGCUAAAGAAGAAUGUAAAAAAAAAUUAGAAGAAGCUAAAAAGAAAUCAGAAGAAGAAACUAAACAAAAAUUAGAAGAAGAAGCAAAAAAAAAAAUAGAAGAAGAAGCAAAUAAAAAAUUAGAAGUAGAAACAAAGAAAAAAUUAGAAGAAGAAACAAAAAGAAAGUUAGAAGAAGAGACGAAGAAAAAAGAAGAUCAAAAAAGACUUGAAGAAGAAAGACAAUUAGAAGAACAAAAACUUCAUGAACAGCUUAAAAAUGGAGCUAUAUCAGAAGAAGAACCAGAAGGUGGAUAUACUGCUGUGGCUUUAUAUGAUUAUCAAGCAUCGGCUGAUGAUGAAAUAAGCUUUGAUCCUGAUGAUAUUGUUACAAAUAUUGAAAUGAUCGAUAAAGGUUGGUGGAGAGGACUAUGUAAAGGUCAAUAUGGAUUAUUUCCUGCAAAUUAUGUUGAAAUUAUUCAAUAAGAUAUACUUUGUUACCAUUAACUAUAUAUAAAUGAUUGAGCUAUUUAAAAUCUAUUUCUA